GACAUGUACAUGUGUAUAUAAUUAAGUGUUUGUUCUUUUAGCUCCAACAGGCGUUCCAUACAAAUAAGUAUGUUAAUAAGUUUUGGUUGCCAUAGGCACCGGAGUUCACUCUCGCUGUGCUGCGUUUGCGCAGUGUGACAUGUUGGUGACCUUUCACUUAUCGUUUUCAUUCUGCUUUGUACAAGUCUUAUUCCAACGUUGAAAGUUUCCUCAACCAAGUUUUAUUCAGUCAAUUGAUGUGUGCUUAAACCUACUGACUUUCCAGAAGUUUGUUAAUCAUUGGAUAGCAGGUGCAUGACGAACUUGUGAGUUUUGAGAGCAUUAAACCUUGUAAACAACCAACAUUUUGUGUGCCGUUUUUCACGACUUGUAAGCACAGACACGAGGCUUGAUAAACAGUAGUAGAACUCAUUUCGGGAGAAAACACGAAUUACUACACUGGUGACCCUGUUUUGAACAAUUGUGACCUUCUGCACAAGCCAUGUCUGUGGAAGUUAAACCUGAUGGGACAGAGGGUACACCGCCUCCAACUUCACCUCCCUCUAACCCAUUUCAACCGCCUGUCAUGCCGAUGCAAGCUGCAGUAAGCCUCAAACUCCCUCCAUUUUGGCCUAAUGACCCAACCCUGUGGUUUACCCAGGUGGAGGCUCAGUUUGUCAUCCGCCAUAUCACUACCCAGGAGACUCGUUUUGCCUACGUUAUCGGAUCUUUGCAACCGGAGGUCGCACAAGAGGUGCGGGAUAUCCUGAUUACACCCCCAUCCACGGACUGCUACGAUAAGCUGAAAUCUGAACUCAUUCGUCGCACUUCAGUUUCUGAGCAGAAACGAUUACACCAGCUGCUUACUUCAGAGGAAUUGGGAGAUCGCAAGCCCUCGCAGUUGUUGCGGCGCAUGCACCAGCUUUUGGGGGACAACAAGCUGGAGGAGAGGAUUUUGAAGCAGUUGUUUGUACAGCGACUUCCCCACACCGUCCAGUCCAUUUUGGCCUCCACAGCGGACACUGUGGGAAUUGGAGCACUGGCAGAUUUGGCUGACAAAAUUGUCGAGGUGUCUGCCCACUCUACGCCGGCAUCGCAAAUUUCCACGGUUUCUUCACCACCCCUCCACCCCCCGCAACGACACGCCUCCCCUGAGGUACUCACUCUGCACGCAAAGGUUGAUGACCUGACUCGGCAAGUGCAGGCCUUGACUUUUCAGCUACAGGGCAUGCAGCGACAAGGCCGUCCCCGCUCUUCCUCCCGCAGUCGACCUAGACAACGUAGUCCAACCCCUUCUGCGGAUAACCAGCCAUCCGGUGACCGCCAAUGCUGGUAUCAUUGGAAGUACGGAACUAAUGCACGAAAAUGCACCAGUCCUUGUUCGCGACGCACAGAACCACAGCGGAACCAGGAAAACGGCCAAGCCAACGACUAG